AAACUCAGCUGACUUAAUGGCCAGCCCUUUAUUUGGAAGCCCUGGCAGGAGGAGGGGACUUUCUUUUCCUUUGCGGAUCCAAGGUGGACGGACGGACGCUGUGUUUUCACUUCAUUCUGUGGCAGGAAGGGAAAUCAACUAAGCUACAGCUCAGUCUUUUGACUUUAAAUUUCCAGAGUGUCACCAAGUUGCUGCAUUGCCCAGGCUCAAAGACUUGGAAAGAAACAGUUUGACAGAAAAGGAGUGCGUGAAGGAGAAGCUGAAUCUGUUGCAUGAAUUUCUGCAAACGGAAGUCAAGAAUCAGCUGUGUGACUUGGAAACCAAAUUACAUAAGGAGGAGCUCUCGGAGGAGGGCUACCUGGCUAAAGUCAAAUCCCUUUUAAAUAAAGAUUUGUCCUUGGAGAACGGAGCUCACGCUUUCAGUCGAGAAGUGAACGGCUGCCUAGAGAACGGGAGCCAGGCCAGCGGCGAAGGCCGGAGAGCGCGCAUGGCGGAGCCACACAGCCCCCCGCACACCAGCCCCAGGCCUCGGGCGCCGCGGAGGAGCAAGUCCACUGGCGAGGCCCAGCCUGGAACUUCGGCCAGUCCCAAGGUGACCAGGAGAACGACCAGGCAGACUACUAUCACAGCUCAUUUCGCCAAGGGCCCUGCCAAGCGGAAACCCGGGGAGGAGUGUGACAGGCCCGAGUCCGAGGAGCCGGUUGGGGAGGAGGACAAAGACCAGGAUGAGAAGAGGCGGCGAAUUACGUCCAAAGAGCUCCACCCUGCGGCAGAACCGGAAAGCGAGACCCCAGCAGCCCACGCCCCCCAGGAGGGCGAGAGAGAUGGGAAGGAGGACCGGAGGCUCCGAAGUCAGACCAGAGAGCCAACCCCGACAAGGGCGGCAGACGCCGACAAGAAAGCCAAGCCUGGGACUCGCCCAAACACGGACGGGGAUGGAGGCGAGCGGGAGGAAAAGAGGUCCAGAAGCCAGCCCCGGGAUCUCGCUGCCAAGCGGAGGACCGAGGAGAUGGAGGGCGGCUGUGCCAAGCCGCAGACCUCGGAGGAGAGGGACGAAGACGAGAAGGAGGAGAAGAGACGCAAAACCAUAUCCAAAGAACCGGUGGAGAAGAAACCGCCUCGAAACAAGACCGUGGUGACCCCCAGGCUCCAGCCCCCCAGGUGUGUCCAGUGUGGGCAGUUCCUAGACGACGUGGACCUCAAGUACGAGCAGCACCCUCCGGAUGCGCUGGAGGAGCCCCAGAUGCUGACCAAUGAGGCACUGUCCAUCUUCGACUCCAACGAGUCUGGCUUUGAGAGCUACGAGGCCUUUCCACAGCACAAGAUCACGUGCUUCAGCGUGUACUGUAAGCGAGGUCACCUGUGCCCCAUCGACACCGGCCUCAUCGAGAAGAAUGUGGAGCUGUACUUCUCUGGCUCUGCCAAAGCGAUCUACGAAGAAGACCCCUCUCUGGAAGGUGGUGUUAAUGGCAAAAACCUCGGGCCCAUCAACGAAUGGUGGAUCACAGGCUACGACGGUGGCGAGAAGGCGCUCAUGGGCUUCAGCACUGCCUUUGCGGAGUACAUUCUGAUGGAACCCAGCCCGGAAUACGCGCCCUUCUUCGUCCUGGUCCAGGAGAAGGUCUACAUGAGCAAGAUCGUGAUCGAGUUCCUGCAGGGCAGUCCUGACGCCACCUACGAGGACCUGAUCAACAAGAUUGAGACCACCGUUCCCCCUUCCACGAUCAACGUGAACCGCUUCACAGAGGACUCGCUGCUCCGGCACGCGCAGUUCGUGGUGAGCCAGGUGGAGAGCUACGACGACGCCAAGGACAGCGACGAGCAGCCCAUCUUCCUGUCGCCCUGCAUGCGGGACCUCAUCAAGCUGGCAGGGGUCACCCUGGGGCAGAGGAGAGCCGAGAGGCGUCAGACGGUGAGGCUCAGAAACUCCAACAAGGACAAGGACAAAGGGCCCACCAAGGCCACCACCACCAAGCUGGUCUACGAGAUCUUCGACACCUUCUUCUCAGAGCAGAUCGAGAAGGACGAGAAGGAGGACAAGGAGAACGCCUUCAAGCGGCGGCGCUGUGGCGUGUGUGAGGUCUGCCAGCGGCCUGAGUGCGGCAAGUGCAAGGCCUGCAAGGACAUGGUGAAGUUCGGGGGCAGCGGCCGCAGCAAGCAGGCCUGCCUGAAGCGCAGGUGUCCCAACAUGGCCAUGAAGGAGGCGGAGGACGACGAGGAGGUGGAUGACGACAUCCCGGAGAUGCCAUCGCCCAAGAAAAUGCAUCAGGGCAAGAAGAUGAAGCAGAACAAGAACCGGAUCUCUUGGGUUGGGGAUGCCAUCAAGACUGACGGGAAGAAGACUUACUACCAGCAGGUGUGCAUAGACGCCGACACCCUGGAGGUGGGCGACUGCGUGUCCGUCAUCCCGGACGACCCCACGAAGCCGCUCUACCUGGCCAGGGUGACGGCGCUGUGGGAGGGCAGCAACGGGCAGAUGUUCCACGCGCACUGGUUCUGCGCCGGCACCGACACGGUGCUCGGGGCCACCUCGGACCCCCUGGAGCUGUUCCUGGUGGAUGAGUGUGAGGACAUGCAGCUGUCCUACAUCCACAGCAAGGUCAAGGUCCUCCACAAGGAGCCGUCGGAGAACUGGGCCAUGGAGGGGGGCAUGGACCCCGAGGCCGUGCUGCCCGCCGUGCCCAACGACGGCAAGACCUACUUCUACCAGCUGUGGUACGACCAGGACUACGCGCGGUUCGAGUCCCCUCCCAGGAUGGAGCCGACCGAGGACAACAAGUACAAGUUCUGCGCCAGCUGCGUGCACCUGGCGGAGAUGCGGCAGAAGGAGAUCCCCCGCGUGCUGGAGCAGCUGGACGACCUGGACGGCCGGGUCCUCUACAGCUCGGCCACCAAGGGUGGCGUCCUCUACCGCGUGGGUGACGGCGUGUACCUGCCCCCUGAGGCCUUUACCUUCAACAUCAAGCUCUCCAGCCCCGUGAAGCGCCCGAGGAAGGAGCCGGUGGACGAGGAGCUGUACCCUGAGCACUACCGAAAGUACUCUGACUACAUCAAGGGCAGCAACUUGGACGCCCCCGAGCCCUACCGGAUCGGCCGGAUAAAGGAGAUCUUCUGCCCCAAGAAGAGCAACGGCAAGCCCAAUGAGGCGGAGAUCAAGAUCAAGCUGAACAAGUUCUACAGGCCCGAGAACACCCACAAGUCCGCCCUCGCGAGCCACCACGCCGACAUCAACCUGCUGUACUGGAGCGACGAGGAGGCCGUGGUGGAGUUCCGGGCCGUGCAGGGCCGCUGCACCGUGGAGUACGGGGAGGACCUGGCCGAGUGCCUGCAGGACUACUGCGCGGGCGGCCCCGACCGCUUCUACUUCCUCGAGGCCUACAACGCAAAGAGCAAAACCUUCGAGGACCCUCCGAACCAUGCCCGCAGCCCACGGAACAAGGGCAAAGGGAAGGGCAAAGGGAAAAGCAAGGCGAAAUCUCAGGUGUCGGAGCCCAGCGAACCGGAGCUGGCCAUCAAGCUGCCCAAGCUGCGCACUCUGGAUGUGUUCUCGGGCUGCGGGGGGCUGUCAGAGGGCUUCCACCAGGCAGGCAUCUGUGAGACGCUGUGGGCCAUCGAGAUGUGGGAGCCUGCUGCCCAGGCCUUCCGGCUGAACAACCCUGGCUCCACCGUGUUCACUGAGGACUGCAACGUCCUGCUCAAGCUGGUCAUGGGUGGCAAGGUGGUCAACGAGUUGCAACAGCGGCUGCCCCAGAAGGGCGACGUGGAGAUGCUGUGCGGUGGGCCGCCCUGCCAGGGCUUCAGCGGCAUGAACCGCUUCAACUCACGCACCUACUCCAAGUUCAAGAACUCCCUGGUGGUGUCUUUCCUCAGCUACUGUGACUACUACCGGCCGCGCUUCUUCCUGCUGGAGAACGUGCGCAACUUCGUGUCCUUCAAGCGCUCCAUGGUGCUGAAGCUGACGCUGCGCUGCCUGGUCCGCAUGGGCUACCAGUGCACCUUCGGGGUGCUGCAGGCUGGGCAGUACGGUGUGGCACAGACGCGGCGUCGGGCCAUCAUCCUGGCGGCAGCGCCCGGGGAGAAGCUGCCCCUGUUCCCGGAGCCCCUGCACGUGUUCGCGCCCCGAGCCUGCCAGCUGAGCGUCGUGGUGGACGACAAGAAGUUCGUCAGCAACAUCACACGGCUGGGCUCCGCUCCCUUCCGCACCAUCACGGUGCGGGACACCAUGUCCGACCUGCCCGAGAUCCGGAACGGGGCCUCCGCCCCCGAGAUCGCCUACAACGGGGAGCCCCAGUCCUGGUUCCAGAGGCAGCUGCGGGGCUCGCACUACCAGCCCACCGUCAGGGACCACAUCUGCAAGGACAUGAGCCCGCUGGUGGCCGCCCGCAUGCGGCACAUCCCGCUGGCCCCCGGCUCAGACUGGCGUGACCUGCCCAACAUCGAGGUGCCGCUCUCGGAUGGCACCGUGGCCAAGAAGCUGCGCUACAGCUACCAGGACAAGAAGAACGGCUGCAGCAGCUCGGGCGCCCUGCGCGGCGUGUGCUCCUGUGCAGAGGGGGCCGGCAAAGCCUGCGACACCAUGGCCCGGCAGUUCAACACCCUCAUACCCUGGUGCCUGCCGCACACCGGCAACCGCCACAACCACUGGGCCGGCCUGUACGGGCGCCUGGAGUGGGACGGCUUCUUCAGCACCACCGUCACCAACCCCGAGCCCAUGGGCAAGCAGGGCCGCGUGCUGCACCCCGAGCAGCACCGCGUGGUGAGCGUGCGGGAGUGCGCCCGCUCGCAGGGCUUCCCAGACACCUACCGGCUCUUCGGCAACAUCCUGGACCGGCACCGGCAGGUGGGAAACGCCGUGCCACCUCCACUGGCCAAGGCCAUCGGCCUGGAGAUCAAGCUGUGCAUGCUGGCCAAAGCUCGGGAGGGUGUCCCAGAGAAACUAAAGCAGGAGGCGAUGGUCAUCAAGGAGCCCUAGGCCACGUCUGUCCCCUCACUGCCACCAGGAGGCCUCCCAGGCACUGCUGCGUCCCGUGUACUGCGAUAGGCGUCGGUUCCGGUGUCGUGCGAGGCGUCUGUGGCCUUGGCUGGCGUGACGCUGUCCACGGGAUCUGCUUACUGACUAAUGACUUAGUGAUCAGACUGUGCCGUUCUCUGUGCAUCCUGGGUUUUAAAGUUUUUAUUAUGCAUUAUAUUAAAUCCUCCACUGCCCGGUGGAAAUUUAUGUAGUUUUUAUAUGUUGUAAUAUUUCUUCAAAUAAAUCUCUCCUAUAAAGAAA